AUCUGGAUUACAUCAACGGUUACACCCUCCUCCGUUUAAUGAACAUAGGAGAACAGGUGCUUGUAAUUUAUUAGCCAACCCACGAGCUGAGGAGACAGGAAUUAGCUGCCCAAGCUGCUCAGCGUGCCACUGCUCUCCUCCCUUUGAGGCAGCAGCAGCAAGAAAACUUCACCUCUUUUUUUUUUUUUUUUUUUUCCUUUUUUCUUUCUCUCUGUAGGGCACUCCCCUACAGCUGCAGUGCCACGAGCUGAGCAUGACUAACCCCUGCAAAGCCUUCAGCAGUGGCUCCCUCUGCUCCUGGGAGGCAUCAGGGGGGAUGAGCCGAGGCAGAGCAGGCAGCACAUCCCCGGAGAGCCUGGGCCGCUGCAGUCCCAGCAGUGUGAGCAGCCCCAGCUCUGGGGCCCUUCAUGGAGAUGGUGGGUACCAGAGUUCCUCUUACCUCUCCAUUGAUGGCAGGCUCCUGGCUCCUGUGCAUCUUGACAUCGACACCGACUUUCAUGCUGUGCGGGAGCAGGAGAAGGAGGACAUCAAACUGCUCAACAACCAGUUUGUGACCCUGAUUGAGAAGGUCCAAUGCUUGGAGCAACAGAACAAGAUCCUGACAACACGGUGGAACUUCCUAAAGGAUCAAGACAAUUCCCACUCCGAAUCAGACAUGAAGGCCAUUUACGAUCAGUACAUGAGCAAAAUGAAUCAAGAGAUGCAGGCACUCAACUACGAGCAAGAAAAUCUCGAGUCAGAGUUGACAGAGGUCCUGAGCACCAUGGAUAACUUCCGAAGCAAAUAUGAGGAUGAGAUUCGCCUCUGCAGCGGCAUGGAAUACACCUUCAUGGAGCUCAAGAAGGAUUUAGAUGCCAGUACCUUGCACAGAACGGAGCUGGAGGUGAAACUCAGCGGGCUCCAAGAGCUGAUGGACCUGAAGAAAACCAUCUAUGAGCAGGAACUCGAGGAGCUGCUGACAGAAAUUAAGGACAUUUCUGUUGUACUGGGAAUUGACAACACGUGCAAGCUUGACCUGAGCAGGAUUGUGGAAGAAGUGAGGUCUCAGUACGAAGCCCUGGCUCUUCGGAGCUGGGAGGAGGCUGAAGCACUUACCAGGAGAAAGCUGAAUGAAGGGAACACCCAGUCAGCCACCUAUGGGGGUCACCUCCUCGACAGCCGACGGGAGAUUGCAGACCUAAACAUCCAAAUCCAGAAGCUGAGGUCCUGCAUCGUGUCCCAAAAAAGCCAGUGCUUGUACUUAGAGGAGAAUAUCAAAGAAGCAGGAGAGCAUGGUGAGAUGGCCCUCAAGGAUGCCAAAGCCAAACUGGUCAAGCUAGAAGAAGCCUUACAGAAGAGCAAGGAGGAUAUGGCUCACCUGGUGAAAGAGUAUCAGGAGCUGAUGAACAUCAAGCUGGCCCUGGAUUUGGAGAUCCUCACUUACAGGAAGCUGGUGGAAGGAGAGGAAAGCAGCAUGGAGUCACCAAUACCCACAGUCAUCAGCACCGUCCACUCCAGACCAAAGCACCUUUCUGCCAGCACCUUAAGGAACUCCAAGCUGUUUGCCAGGGGAACAGGCAGUGCCAAUGGUGAGAUGAAGCUGAACGGAGGCUGCACAAAAUCUCUGCUCUCCAGAAGCCACAGUGAUAACCUGGCAGCACCUGAAGCAGAUCCCUACACCUGCAGUGCCCGGUCAAAGCUCAGCUCCCUGCUCACUGAACAAUGCUCCUAGGAGAGAUGGAGCCCCACAGCACAACCCAGACCCAAUGGCACCUGGAGAUCAAUGAGGCCAGAGCACUUUCUCCCGAACUAAAGCCAAUGUCCAAGGGCUGAAGGAUGGGAAUCCACUCCAGGCUGUCCCUUUUAUCUUCACAGCAUCCCACUUAACAUCUCUGUUACCAGUUACAAGCAGAAAUCAACCCAGGGUUUUAGAACCUCUCCUGUAUGAAACCAUACUGACAUCUUCUUCCUCUUUAGGUCUGUUUCCAGAGAGGAUCUGCAUUCAUAACCGUUGAGAUCUAUCUAUAGGAGCUUGCCAGGAGGGGAAAGUAUUAUUACACAAGCUCUUAACACAGUAGCCAUCAGCCCAGCCAGUUUACCAGUAUUACAAAACCAUUCUUUCUGAUCUGUCUCUGCUCUGUGCACGUCCAAGAGGUGCUCACUGAUGUGGCUUUCAAUGGAAGGCAGCUCCAAGCCUUCCAAGCAGAGCUGGGGGAGAUGUGGGCUAUCAACCCAAGCCAGGUGAAUUUGUGACAUCUGUAUUUGCAUGUCUGCUGACAAACAUGCUGGCUCUAUUUGGGAAUCCUUGCCUACUUCAGAGCGUUUAACCAAUUUUACUGCCUUUUGGGUGGCCCCUCAUUCUUUCCCAUGCCACUAAAGCUAAAACUCCUUCAGCUUUUAUUUUGAUAAGCCACCUCUUUCUAAUAGAGAGCACCUCUACCUGUUUCCCCUAAAGGCACUCCAGACUUCACAUGUAAUGGUGCUAGGUCCUAGAAAUGAGAUAGUCUGUGGUUCCCAUCUAACUAAAACAAGCAGGACUUGUCUUUGUAUUUAUUGCACUUCUGUAGUGGCUUUUAUCUUACCUGGCUGAUCCCUGCUCAUGCACACCAGCUACGUUGCACCAAAGCUUCUGGAGCCCACUGUAUAGCUGCAGUCCUGGCCUCAGCACAGGCACUGCUGUGUCCCUCUUAUACACACUGACACAGGCAGAGCCCUGCAGUAUUUUCCUUCAUGAGGCCAGGCUCUGACCUCAAUCACUGCCAUGUAGCCCCACCUGAGUUCACAGGAGCUGUUAUCAGCCUCAUGGUGCAUCUCCAUUGAGUGCAUCGCAGCAUUUCCAUGUUUCUGUAGGGUAGACAACGACUGUAGCAUCUAUGUAACCAGAACACCUGCUCUCCAGAGUUAUAAUAAAGUACUGAGUGACACAUGGAUAACAUUGCAUUCAUGGUUUUCUCUGCAUUUCUUACCACAACCCACCUGAAAUGGCAAUUCCUUCCUCAGCUGCCAGGGUUGAUAAUUCUGGUUAAUCCCUCACAGCCAAACAAAGCUGAAAUUGCUUCCCAGACACUUUGCUUGGUCCAGAUCCUCAGGGAGAAGAGCACAGGGCUGAAGGGGCAAAUAUGAAGCCAUGGUUUUGGGGAGCUCCCCACUGGGCACACAGCAUCUUCAGGAGAUGAUGUGUUUCUGCAAGGGGCACCAAGCUGCUCCCCUGACCCUGUUCUGAGCCUCCCCUUGCUCAGUUCCCCCUGCAACUCUGCAAAGAAGAACCUUUGCACAGUUGGGACCCACGUCUACACCAGGGAACCACACUUCCAUGCAGCCCCUCACUUCAGAGGUGCUCUUUCAGAGCACAGUGGUUUUCUUGCUGCUCCUUGCUCAAGAACAUAUACAGCUGAGGGAGAUUGAGGCCCUGGCACUGUUGCUCAGAGAAGCUGUGGAUGCCUCAUCCCUGAAGGUGCUCAAGGCCAUGGAAUUGGACAUGAGCAGCUGGUAGAGGGGUGAGACAUGCCAACAGCAAAGGGGUUGGAACUGCAUGACAUCUAAGGUCCCUUACAACCCAGGCGUUCUAUGAUUCUAUGGCUCACAUGGGAUAUCCACAACACACAAGCCCCCAGAGAAGUGAGGAGCUGAGACGGGCAACAUCUCUGCUCUGCCCUUUGCUGCCUAACAAAAAGAAUUGCUCUGCUUCCACGAUCAGCGUAUCAGAGGAAGGGAGGAUGCUCCAGGCUAACAGCUAGAGCUCCCAGUUGUUACACCAGCUGAUGGCACAGGCAAGGGCUCUUAAUUUCUCAGGCUGGUAGGGGUGGGGAAAGGGGAGAGCCAUGGGUAGGGUGAGCUUGCCAGCUCAGGAGCAGAUGGAACUUGAGCACAGAGCUUCCCCUGGAGGCAGAACCCAGCACAGACCUUCCAGGAGAAGGAACAAUGCUGGGUUUGUGCAAGGGCGUGCAACAGCAAAAGUGCACAGAGCCCAGGAGAGGAAUGAAUGAGAGCUCUGAGCAGCCCAGGGCUCUGGGAAGGCAGGGUGGGGCUGAGGCACGGGGAGCACGGCUGGAAGGAGACAGAGCUGGUGUUGUUCAGGGUGAAACCUGAACAGAAGGGAGCUCAGCACUCUCAAUGCAGGAGAACUGGAGUGUGGGGUGUUUUGGUCCGUGCUCAUCGCAAGGCUGGGGAGGGCAGGAGCUCAGCAGCAGCUCAGUCGUGUACAGUGUUUGUAGCUGCUUUCUCUCCCUUUCAUGUUUCUGGGUGGUGGA